AGCCGGAACUGCCGCCGAGCGCCGCGGGCCGGGCCUCGGAGAGGCUGAGCGGCGGCAGCAGCGGCGCGCGCGGGAGUCCGUCGGCCGCACGCCGGCCGCGGGGCUCGACGUGCCUGCGCCCGCGCCCGCUCGGCGGGUGUCGUUCCGGCGGGAGACCGGCCCGGCGUCGCGGCCUCUCGGAGGCGGGCGCUCGGGGCCCCGGGCGGCCCGGCCCGGCCGGUCCUGCGGGCGCCCGGGCGGCUCCCGGGGAGCCCGGGAAACGCUGCGGCCGCGCGGCGUGGAUGAACAAGGAUGACAGUGAAGUUGGGGGACGGCGGCGGCGAGGACGGGCUCAAGAAGCUGGGCAAGAGGCCGGCCGAGGAGGACUCGCUGGAGGGAGCGGCGGGGGACGCGGCCCAGGACGGCGGCGGCGGCGGCACAAAGAGGGACGGGAAGAGCCCCCGGGACGGCGGCGACGGCCCCCCGGACCCUCCGGGCCCCUCCCCGCCGGCCGCCGGCCCGCAGGACCAGCACCACUUCCUGAGGUCCAGCGUGCGGCCGCAGAGCAAGCGGCCCCGGAAGGACGCGCCGUGCGCGGUGGGCGGCGGCGGCGGCGGCCCCGGGCCCCGCGGCAAAGGCGCUGAUGGUGGCGGAUCAGCAUCUGGAAAUGGUUGUGGGGGUGCCCCCACUGGCCCUGCAGGGGGCUCACGCUCCUCCUCAAGAAACUUAGGGUCAUCAGGUGGUGAGAAGGAAGAAGGCAAGAAGGUCCGGCGGCAGUGGGAGUCGUGGAGCACGGAAGACAAGAACACCUUCUUCGAGGGAUUGUACGAGCAUGGGAAGGACUUUGAAGCCAUUCGGAACAACAUUGCUUUGAAGUACAAGAAGAAAGGCAAGCCUGCCAGCAUGGUGAAGAACAAGGAGCAGGUCCGCCAUUUCUACUACCGCACGUGGCACAAGAUCACCAAGUACAUCGACUUUGACAACGUGUUCUCCCGUGGGCUCAAGAGGUCAUCCCAGGAGCUGUACGGGCUCAUCUGCUACGGCGAGCUGCGCAAGAAGAUCGGGGGCUGUAUGGACGACAAGAACGCAUCGAAGCUGAAUGAGCUCAUCCAGGCUGGAGCCACCACGGUGCGCUACAAGGGGAGGAACCUGCGCAUCAAAGCGCCCAUGUGCCGAGCCCUGAAGAAGCUCUGCGACCCCGAAGGUUUGAGUGAUGAAGAGGACCAGAAGCCUGUGCGCCUGCCCCUGCGGGUACCCGUUGAGCUGCAGCCCCGGAGCAACCACGCGUGGGCCCGAGUGCAGAGCCUGGCCCAGAACCCUCGGCUCAGGAUGAUCGUGGAGCUGCACCGGAAGGUGUCCAGCCUCAUCGAAUUUCUGAAGCAGAAGUGGGCACUACACGAAGCUCGUGUCCGGAAGACACUGGAGGAGCAGCCGAUGCGGGAGCCAUGUGCGGAGCCCGUUCUGGAGAGCGAGGCAUUUCGCCUGUUCCCCGGGCAGAGCUGUGCCCUGACGCCCCUGCCCGGCGUGGCCCGCGUGGUGCACUCCAAGGCCUCCUGCACAGUGCACUGGCAGGAGGGCAGCCGGUGCAAGCAGAAUGCCAAGGAUGUCCACCCGCUGCCCCCUGCCCAGAUCCUGGGCAUUCAGAGCGGCCAGGGCACAGCCCGGGGCCAGGUGAAGUGCCCGCGGGGUGGUGCUGAGGGCAAGGGCGGGGGGCGGCCGCCUCCCUGCACGGACCCGUCACAGAGCUCUGGGGAGAGCUCCCCUGAGUGUGGCCCAGGGGACGGGCCACUCGCGGGCCUGGAGAAGCCUUCUGUGGCCGAGGCUGGGGACGGCUCUGCCCGGGAGCUGGGCCCUGGCUGUGCCUGUGGACAACUGCCCGAGCUGGAGGACGAGCUCUCCCUCCUGGACCCCCUGCCCCGCUACAUGAAGUCCUGCCAGCACCUCAUCAUCCCCGAGCAGUGCCGCUGCUCCUCCCCAGAGACGCGUGUCCCCAGCGCAGCCCCAGCCCCAGCCGCCGCCCCUGUGCACAGCCCUCCCAGGACUGAGCCUCCGCCCCACCCUGGGCUCCCGCCGGAUGCAUGCACUCCUGAGGCGGCAGACACACCUGCAGAGGAGCUCCAGGAGAAGGGGAGCCCCCCGGACCCCUCGCCGCCUCAGGGCCAGGCUGCCACCAAGCCCUCCAAGGAUGCACCCAGCAGUGGCCUGGCCCAGCAGCUCCACGCAGAGGGCUGGGGCCUGCAGAGCGCCGAGAGCCUCACGCUGGCCGAAGUCUACCUCAUGAUGGGCAAGCCGAGCAAGCUGCAAUUGGAGUACGACUGGCUGGCUGUGCGGGGCCCUGAGGCCGGAGCCGCGCCCGCACCGUGCCACCAGCAGCGGCUCCUCCGGUGCCUGCUGAAGCUCAUCUCCACCGAGGUCAACCCCAGGCCGUCUCCAGAAACAAAUGCGGGCCCCACCACAUCAGUGAGGCCCGCCCAGGAGGAGCACUCGGUGACCCCCCCAGGGAAGGUGGUGACCAUCAGCUCUCGGAGCCCCCGCUGCCCACGAAGCCAGUCUACCCUGCGUGGCAACAAGACUUUCUCACCACCCUCGGGUUCCUGCACCUCAGGUUUGAGAAACGCUCCCCGGCCUCUCUUGGUGGCUGGUCCUAGUACAGGAAACAGCGAUUCUGACGGUGGCCUUUUUGCUGUCCCAACCACGUUGCCACCCAACAGCCGACAUGGGAAGCUGUUCUCUCCCAGUAAAGAAACAGAACUGAGUCUGCGUCAGCACCUGAACUCCAUCAGCAUGCAGUCUGAUUUCUUCUUGCCCAAGCCCAGGAAGCUGCGGAACCGGCAUCUGCGGAAGCCACUAGUGGUCCAGAGAACGCUGCUCCCCAGGCCGUCGGAGAGCCAGCCGCACAAUGUCUGCGCCUUCUCCAUCCUGGCCAACUCGCCCGUCACUGGGAGAGGCUCCUUCCGGCCCAUCCAGUCAGCCCUGAGCAAGGCAGCUCUGUCCCGGCCCAUUGUGCCCAAGGUCCUUCCACCCCCAGCCACGAGCCAGCUGACCAGUGCUAUCAACCUUGCUGCAAAAAGUGCUGGCAUAAUCCCCGGAGGCCCCCUGCCUGUCCUGGACUCCGAUGGCCUCUCCAGCAUCACGCCACUGCCCUCCAGUGAGGUGACAAUGGCUGUGUCAGGCCAGGACUCCAGUGGAGUGCACCCAGACGGAGGCUGUACCCCGGCUGUCGCGGGCACCAGUGACCCAUUCGUCAGUGUCUCCUCGGGGCCCGAACAGGAGUCGGUGACAGGUGGUUUCCAGGGCUCGCCAGUCCUGGCCCUCUCGGAGCUGUCCAAGGCUCCACUGCCCAACGGCCUGCCCCCGCUCCUACCCUCCGAGGCCGCUCGCGCCCGGCUCUCCCCACCCAACGUCUCUGCUCUUCUGGACAUCUCUCUGCCUGGCCCUCCUGAGGACGUUCUGUCACAGGGCGAGCCUGCCACACACAUCAGUGACUCCAUCAUUGAGAUCGCCAUCAGCUCCGGCCAGUACGGUGAGGGUGUCCCCCUCUCUCCCGCGAAACUCAACGGCAGCGACAGUUCCAAGAGUCUUCCCUCGCCAGCUGGCAGCCCCCAGCCCGACUGGAUCGCCUCCCCUACUCAUGACCCCCAGUGGUGCCCCAGUGACCCCACAGAUUCCUCACUCAGCAGCCUGUUUGCCAGCUUCAUCUCCCCAGAGAAGAGCCGGAAGAUGCUGCCAACGCCUGCUGGCACCAACAGCGGCACCUCACUGCUGGGCCCCAGCCUGCUGGAUGGAAGCUCGCGGGACUCCUUCGUGUCUCGAUCCUUGGCUGACGUUGCAGAGGUCAUGGAUUCCCAGCUGGCUUGCAUGAUGAAUGAGAACAGCGUGGACUACAUAUCUCGCUUCAACGACCUGGCCCAGGAGCUGUCCAUCAGCGAGCCUGGUCGCCGAGAGGCUCUGUUCGAUGGAGGCAGCGGCGCCCCCAUCGGUGACCUGUCCCAGUGACACGCGGGGAGGCGUCCAGAUGGUCGCACCGAGUGUCGAGCAGGGAGAGGGUGGCCAGGAGACGCAUCCUAGUCUCUGUGAGGACUGGCCCUGGGGGGAUCCUGCCUCCACCAUAUUUCUGCCUCCACAGUUGGGUUGAACAUUCCAGUAGGUUCUCUUGCCGGAAGAGAGGCUCGGGGUGCCUUUUGCCCUGGAGAGCCCAGCAGGUAGGCUGGGCUGAGCUGCUGCCCUUCUGUGAAGCCCACUUGGGAGCCAAGACAGGGAGCACAGCAGGGCUUGGCCGGGGCCUACCUGGUGGUGUCCACAGCUAAGGCAGCAGAUAUCUCCGGGGACACUGACACAGGGCAGCCGGCAUUCCCUGCCCUCUCCUUGUGCUUCCUUUGCUGAGGUUUGACCAUUGACAGAAAGGAGAAGAGAAUGGAGAAAUUCCUGAGAGAAACGGGGCAGUGCUCAUCGGUGCUCUGACGUGAGCAUCCCUUCUGUGACUUGGAGGCGACCCUCCGAACCUCUGGGAAAGUGUGUUUGCUCCUACGGCUGCAGAGCAGGCUGGGCGUAUGCGUGCGCCCCUGCCCAUGCCUUGGCCCCAAGCCUCAGGGCAAGGUGAAGCUCAGCUGUCCCCUGGGCCUUCAAGGAGUGCUGGUGCCAGGUGGGUGACAGCAGUGCCUCCACCUGCCGCCCCUCCUCCCCUCAGCAGCCAGGUCGCCUGACCUCUUUGGUCCCUGGAGUGGCCAGUUUGUCCCUCAGCCUUGAUCUAACCCAGCUCAGUGUCAGCCAGCUGCAGCCCUCUCCACCGCCCCUCCUCCCCUCCCAUGCAGACUCCAGCCACCCUGGAUGGGGGCAAAAGGGGGUGGUCUGCGUGGGGGUCUCAGCAGCACUUGCCACAGGAGACAGGCCAGCUGGCUUCCGGGCAGCACUGUCUGCCUGUCCCUAGCUUCUCGGCUUCCCUCUGAGCCCUGGCCCUUGGUGCAAACUGCUACCAGAUGCCAGUGGCAAACAACCCUAAAGCUGGGGGCCAGAGCAGGGGUCUGAACCAGGCCCCUUUCCCAGGUGUUGGUUGAAUCUGCUUCCAUAACUUUAUCGUACCUUUUGGAGCCAACGGAGAUCAGUAGAUCUCGCUCUGUGCCCUGAUCAUCAGGUCCACAGAGGAUUAGGGCACCAGGCUGGGUUCAAGCCAUUGUCUGUGACCAGGGAUGCCAGGUAAGGCAGAGAGCUUCGACCAGAGCCAGGCACUCGGGGCCCAGAGCUCUUGGAUCCUCAGGGACCCCUAGACAGCCUAGUGGGCAUCUUGGCUCCUGCUACCCUAUGGACUCAGAAUCUGCAGCUGGGCUCGAAGCUGAACCUCCGCUUUGGCCAGCUGGAAGCUGGAAGUCUGUUCUCACUUCUCACCACGUGGGGGAAAGGAGGAGCGUUUGUGGAUGAAAUGCCCAAUUGUCCACUUCUCCCUGCUGGUUUAGACACGGAGCAGACACCCCUGGCCUCCACCUGUCUCUGGCCUGUAGCAUUUCUGUGCCACACUUGUUUCCAUGGCGGGUGUUUGCUCCCCCAUCUGGGCACUUGAGCUGGCCGAGACACUAGUGCUGAGCUGAUCCUCUGUGGAGGGCUUGGCCUCCUCAUGGAACUCGUCUGUACCUUGUGUUUGCAAAUGCCCGCAGCCAGACUGUCUGCUCUCCCCCAUCACCAGCUUCCUGCCCCUCAGGGUGAGGGGGUGGUGUCCUUUCCAGGUCUCCCCUGUUCUGAAUCCAACCUGCUUGUGCAGAGACAGUCCUGGAGCACAGGCCUGAAAAUGGGGAGGGGGACCACACAGGCACCAGGUGCAUUUGUGAGGAACUAGGGCCAGGAGAGCCUGCAGCCCAGCCUGCUUCUGCUGUGCCUGGAGAUGGCAGCACCCUGCUGCUUCCUGAAGACCCUUAAGCCAUAUCAUCUAAGGUGGUCGGCUUGUUUGAGAUGUGAAUUUGUUUUAUAGGCUAUAAAUAUACAGUGUAUGUAUAAAGCAGAAUGCCUGUUCUUCCUGAUUAUUUUUUGUACCAUAUUGUAAAUUAUAUUAUUUAUUCUUUACCAAUUUUGGGAAUAAAAGGUGUUUUGGUUAUUUAAUAUAAUAAAAACUGUUAAACUUC